GGCCCCUGAGAUCAUCCUUGGUUUACCAUUUUGUGAGGCAAUUGAUAUGUGGUCCCUGGGCUGUGUCAUUGCAGAGCUUUUCCUAGGUUGGCCAUUAUAUCCAGGAGCUUCAGAGUACGAUCAGAUUCGGUAUAUUUCACAAACACAGGGUUUGCCAGCUGAAUAUUUAUUAAGCGCAGGGACAAAGACAACCAGGUUUUUCAACCGUGACACAGACUCGCCGUAUCCUUUGUGGAGGCUGAAGACACCAGAUGAUCAUGAAGCAGAGACAGGGAUUAAGUCAAAAGAAGCAAGAAAGUACAUUUUCAACUGUUUAGAUGAUAUGGCCCAGGUGAACAUGACAACAGAUUUGGAAGGGAGCGACAUGUUGGUGGAAAAGGCAGACCGGCGGGAGUUCAUUGACUUAUUAAAGAAGAUGCUGACCAUAGAUGCUGAUAAGAGAAUCACUCCGAUUGAAACCCUGAACCACCCCUUUGUCACCAUGACACACUUACUUGAUUUUCCCCACAGUACACAUGUCAAAUCAUGUUUCCAGAACAUGGAAAUUUGCAAGCGUCGGGUGAAUAUGUAUGACACGGUGAACCAGAGCAAAACCCCUUUCAUCACACACGUGGCCCCCAGCACAUCUACCAACCUGACCAUGACCUUUAACAACCAGCUGACCACUGUCCACAACCAGGCUCCCACCUCCACCAGUGCCACUAUUUCCUUAGCCAAUCCCGAAGUCUCCAUACUAAACUACCAAUCUACACUCUACCAGCCCUCAGCGGCAUCCAUGGCUGCAGUGGCCCAGCGGAGCAUGCCCCUGCAGACAGGAACUGCCCAGAUCUGUGCCCGGCCUGACCCCUUCCAGCAAGCUCUCAUCGUGUGUCCCCCUGGCUUCCAAGGCUUGCAGGCCUCCCCCUCUAAGCAUGCCGGCUAUUCAGUGCGGAUGGAAAAUGCGGUUCCCAUCGUCACUCAAGCCCCAGGAGCGCAGCCUCUUCAGAUCCAACCAGGUCUGCUUGCCCAGCAGGCCUGGCCAAGUGGGACCCAGCAGAUCCUGCUUCCCCCAGCGUGGCAGCAGCUGACUGGAGUGGCCACCCACACAUCAGUGCAGCAUGCGACUGUGAUUCCUGAGACCAUGACAGGCACCCAGCAGCUGGCCGACUGGAGGUGAGCAGGAAAUCCUUCUAGGGUAAGCGAGCGUGUCCUGGAUGGGAGGUGUGUACACCACUGAUGCAGAGAGUGGCCAGGCUGGCCUGUAACUGAAUUUCCUGGUUUGUAAAGAGCUUUUCAAUUUAAAAUAUUUUUUUAAAAUAUUGUAUGGACUCUGACUACAGUGUAAUGAGAGAUUAUUUUAAAAUAAUCUGCCAGGAUGCAAGAAAAUCAUCUUCAUUCAUUUACCGUCAGUUGUCAUUUUCCACCCAAAAUUCAGUCAUAUGGUUUAAUCACCAAUGUAAUUCACAGGACUUGGCUCUGGAUGAUUUUUUGGUUGUUUCUCAGAAUCAAAUUUCACUCUCAGAAAACAAAGUUUUGUCACCAGUUAAAGAAUGCAGAAGACAGUCCCAGAAGCCCUAAGCAAUUCUGGAAAGUGUCCUAAAGAUGUGUUGAGACAUAGGCACACUGGAGUCUAUCUGACCUCCCAGGAGAGGGCUUGACAAAAUGGGGUUUAUUUGGAAUUGUAGACUCUGGCAUGUUUGUUGAAUGUGCCUCUUCAGUCAAUAGUCACAUAUUGUAGAUCAGGGUCCCCUUUCCACAGACCCUAGAGGCAUCCAUCUGACGCCUGCUGGCACACCAUACAUAACCCCCUGCAUCUGUUUCCAGAACUC